UGGAAUGUGGGAAAAGCUGGGGGUGAGGCGGAGAGGAUCCCCGGUGGCUGGUGGUGCUCGCCCAGAGCUCACACCUGUCUUGCUGGCCGGGGCCCUCGGAGGAGCGGUGGGUCCUCUAAACCCAGCACUCGUGUUCUGCGGCCUCUUCCUUCAGAGUUUUAAGAUCUCUGAAAUGAAAGUAAAAUUUUGUUAAGGGUUUGUUCUCACGUUGGUCUUCCUCCAGGAGCUGCUCUAUGAAAACAUACUAUACAUAUAUAUAUAUAUACACACCAUAUAUAUGUAUAUGUCUGUACAGCCUGUCCUUCAGUGAAAAUUGCUGCUGAGUAUUGGGACUGCCAAACUGUUCCCCACCACCCAAGACAUCAGAUUUAGGGUACCUGCCGAAAUGCUUCUCUGCCUCUCUGGGCCGGUGAGCAGGAGAGCAAUAGCCAAGGGGAUGCAGCAUGUCUAGGGGUGUCCUAGGGCAGUCAGGAGGGAUGACACCUUGCAGGUGCCGUCUACCUGUGAUGAGAGAAAACUGGGAGCUCCUCAGUGGACUGUAUUAUAUCAAUCCUUGCAUUUUUAUAUGUAUAUAGUAUUUUAUCCAAUUCCUACAGGAAGCUGGAGCAUCUCAAAGCUUUUUGGCUUACAGGAAAAUCCCAGUAGGAUUGUUCAGAGCAUCCAUGAAUACCCAGAGCACAGAAAUUACAUGGGUCACAUCUAGGGGGCUGUAUUACAGAAAAGGGAAUUCCUGUUGUUGGAAUUUCCUUCUUUUCUGCAAUCACUAGCAAUUAGACUGUUGCAAAAGACUUCUCUUCAAGAUAGUUACUCGGGAACAGCACUGACAACUUGAAUCCAAGGACUUCAGCAACAUUUAUGGUAGCUCUUUGUUCCUUCGAGCAUAUGUGAUACUUCCUUCUAUCCCUCCAAAUAUGAAUCUGCACUGCCUAGUUGCUGCCUUGUAGUGGGAGGGAUGGGCAGGAGACAGCCCUGACUCACUGGCCCUUGGCUGCUGAGGGUGGAGAAUGACAGAGAAAUGUUAACUUCCCUGGAGCUGACGUUGGCUCUGCAAUGGACUGGUGUCCUACUGCACCUCCUGGAGACACACACUCAUCUCACACCAGGGCCCGUUGCUGAACCCUGGGAGAUCUCUCACUGUCAGGACAAUGGGUUGUCUCAUGUAAUUACAGUCUGAGAAUUAGCUUCAGAUGUGGAAGAAUGCAACAAAAUGAAAAAUCUGCAAGUCCUUCAGUGACUGAGUAAGGUCUCCGUUCUCAUGGUUUAUCUGAUUUACUUCUCCUGGAGCCAUGGAUGAGUACAGUCGCUUUGUGGACUGGGACAAAAUGGAUGUGAGUGCCCAGAGCCAGGACACGAAGGAGCUCAGCUGCACCGAGUUCCAGGAGCUCAAGCACCUGGCCCGGCAGGGCUACUGGGCCAAGAACCACUGUCUGAGAGCCAAAGUGUACCACAAACUCAUCAGCAGCAUCCCAUGCCGCACGGUGACCCCAGAUGCCAACGUGUACCGGGACAUCGUCGUGAAGAUUGUGGGAAAGCGCAGCAGCAGCUCCCUGCCCCUGCCGGAGUUUGUGGACAACAGCCUGGUCCCCACGUACUGCCUGAACGCAGAGGGCGUCGGGGCGGUCAGGAAGAUCAUCCUGUGCAUCGCCAACCAGUUCCCGGACAUCUCGUUCUGCCCGGCGCUGCCGGCGGUGAUCGCGCUGCUGCUGCACUACAGCAAGGACGAGGCCGAGUGCUUUGAGCAGGUCUGUCGCAUCCUGGCCUGCAACGACCCCUCCAAGCGGCUCAUCGACCAGACCUUCCUGGCCUUUGAGUCCUCCUGCAUGACCUUCGGGGACCUGGUGAACAAGUACUGCCAGGCAGCCCACAAGCUGAUGGUGGCCGUGUCCGAGGACGUGCUGGAGGUGUACUCGGACUGGCAGCGGUGGCUCUUCGGGGAGCUGCCCAUGGCCUACGUCGCACGGGUCUUUGACGUGUUCCUGGUGGAAGGGUACAAGGUUCUCUAUCGCGUCGCUCUGGCUCUUCUGAAGUUCUUUCACAAAGUCAGAGCUGGGCAGCCCAUGGAGUCCGACAGCAUCCAGCAGGACAUCCGAGCCUUCGUGAGGGACAUCGCCAAGUCAGUGUCUCCGGAGAGGCUCCUGGAAAAAGCCUUUGCUAUCCGCCUUUUCUCUCGGAAGGAGAUCCAGCUGCUGCAGAUGGCCAAUGAGAAGGCUUUGCAGCAGAAGGGCAUCACAGUCAAACAGAAAAGCCUUGCACCUCCCAAAAGGCAGAAUGUGCACUUGGCAGUUCAUGCUGAGAACUUCAAGUCAGAAAUUGUCAGUGUGAAGGAAAUGAGAGACAUCUGGUCAUGGAUCCCAGAGCGAUUUGCUCUGUGCCAGCCCCUCCUGCUUUUCACCACCUUGGAACAUGGCUGUAGCCUGAGCAGGUUCUAUUCCCACAGUGAGGGACACGAACCAACUCUUCUCCUCAUCAAGACAACAGCAAAAGAGGUCUGUGGGGCCUACCUGUCCACGGACUGGAGCGAGCGCCGGCGAGGAGGGAACAAGCUGAGCUUCUUUGGGACUGGAGAGUGCUUUGUGUUCAGACUGCAGCCAGAAGUGGAACGCUACGAGUGGGUGAUCAUAAAGCACCCAGAACUGGCCACGGCUGGCCCAGAGACAGAGAACCACUCCUCCCCAGCUCCCAGCACGCUCUCCUCCAGCAGUGGCCCCUCGGAGCCCUCGGAUCGCCUCUCUCCCUUCCUGUCAGCGCGGCACUUCAACCUGCCUUCCAAAACUGCCUCCAUGUUCAUGGCUGGCAGCAGCGAGUGCAUCAUCGUCGGAGGAGGUGAUGGCCAGGCUCUGUACCUGGAUGCAGAUCUGAACCACGGGAGAACCAGCCACUGCAACACUUUCAAUAACCAGCCAUUGUGCUCUGAAAACUUCCAGAUCUCUGUGCUGGAGGUGUGGGGCUUCAGGGACACCAUGAAUGGUUGACAUGACUGUCAUUAAUCAACUAGGUUUUCAGUUGUUCUAGGAUUCCCACGGCAAAUUCCAAGGCAGGAGCCAAGUUGGAACAUCAUUUUUGCUGGGCUCAGUGCUGUCAGUCAUUCCUAAGUGGUGCACUUGGAUACAGGGCCUAGUUGUUUACUCUUGUUUUAGACAGGUCAAGGUGAAGUAAUGUCAACUCCUUGUCUCUUUACCUCUAGAGCUCUGUAUUCAGGCCCUGUUAUUAGGUAGAAAUGAACGUGUGAUGAUUUCAGACCCAUCCUAGGAGGAUACAGGUCCGUAUCACGGGAUAGGUUUGGCUUUUGUGGUUCCUCGGAGGCACAGCACUGGCUGAGCUGUGCUGCAAAGUUCUGAGCCACUGGCACCAGUACCUGGCCUGAGCCAGGAAUAUCAAAUGUCUUCUCACAGGGAACACUGGUGACCUCAGAUUUGAUGUAGAACAGUAGUUCGUAAAACCAUUGCCCUACUCUGAGCAGACUUUGUGCCGACAAAUCAGUACCAUUAAGUUAUGAAGCUCUUAAUUCACACCAGAACCAUGAUUGCUAAUCCUCUCCUUGUACCAGAACCCUUGGCACGUCCCAGUUGUAUCUGUUUGAGGAGUAUGCCUCUGAGAGAGGCAUCCGGGCUGGACAGUCAUAUCUCCAAGGCUUGAUUUUGUUUACAUUCCUACUCCAUAUCAGUAUGAUGACUUCAGACUGACUUGUGUGUCAGGCAACUGGAAGCCAGAGCAUAUCUGCAGUGCUCAGAAACAGCCCUUUCCUCAUCCUUCCUGGGAGCUGAAAUGGAGCUUUAAAUCUGAGAAUAACUGUGCUGAUAUCCCUGUGUGUUUGGGGAAUUAGACAUGGUGACACAGGAGCUUCAUGCUCUCCCCACAAGCAAAGGAAGAAGAUGGGAGGAAGAUCCUGGAAAAAGUAGCAGUUUCCUGCCAGCAUGUUCUAGUAGGUUCCGGGUGAUGCAGAGAGGCUUUUGCUCAUUCCUGAGCAUUCCUACGGUCCUCUUUGGGCAUGGCAGGUGGCAUGUAAUAUCUGGAGGCAGUUUCCCAGUGUCUUUACCCAAAACUUGCACUGUCAACUGUGGAGCUUCUCCCACAUGAAGCACAAAUACAUAAACAUCAGUGAGUAGUCCAGAGCAUACAACAGGAUGCUCAAAGCUUCAGUGAGUAACUCACCAGUAAGAUUUAUCACAACAGGUAAAAUGAAGGGAAAGAGAAAUUGCUGAUUCUUUCAACAGUUCAGUCUAAAAAAUUGCUGUAAAGUGGGAGAAAUGUUAUUGCUACUUAAACUUGAACUUCAUUAAAAGGAAAAAUUAAGCAUUAAUAAUGUUAAAAGUUAGGCUGGACAGGCUCACGUUCAUGUUCAGAGGUGAGAUUUUGGUGAUGGUGGCUUGUCCAGCUUGGCAGCAGUGACAAUCCCAAAUGGCUUGGCAGAGGGCUGCCUCUUGCAGAGUAUGUGAACAAACUUGGCAAAAAUAUGAUUUGCUGCUUAAGGUGCCAUUUUGAAUUUUUGUCAAAAUAACUCUCUGAAAUAUUGGCCUGUGUGCAGAACAGUUUAGGGUGUCUUUUGUACCAUUUGUGUUUGCAACUGGAUUCUCUCACCCUGUCUGAGGGUCAGCACUGGGCCUCCCUUUCUCCUCCUUCCCACUCAGUGAAUUCUGUCCAGCUGUCUUUUCACAGGUUUACCAUAGGCUUGAUUGAACUGGGAGAGAUAAUUCAUUUAUACUGAUGUAUUUAGAUGUAUAUCAGGCUUUUUGCAAACACUGGCCAAUGCUGCCUUCUGUUAUAUUUUUCAAAGCCACCUGUGUCACUUUGCCCUUGCAGGUAUCCCACAGUCUUCCUCAGACAAAAGAAAUUACUCAGAACAUGUAUCCCAUUUAGUAGGUUCUCCUCAGUGUAGGUGAGCUUUCACUUUUGUCUGCAUCUUCUCUUUUGAGCUUAUGUGAGGUGCCCUUGGU